AUGACCAUCGGCGACUCCCUCAAGCAGAGCACUGCUUCAAUCCCCUCAAUUAGCAGGCAACUUGGACUACCAGUCUCAUCCACGAAUGCAGCUCAGACCGACGACUCUCCUCAGCAGGACGCUCCGUUAGCCAUUCCAGUUUUCUCUGUGAUGUCUUCAGGUCAAGAUCCUCCGAUACUGCUUAUCCUCGUCGGCCUGCCAGGCUCAGGCAAAACCACUUUCUCAGAAGCGCUGGUCUCUCAAUCCAUAGGCGAUCAUCGAAAAUGGAUCAGAGCUUCACAGGAUGAUGCACCCAAUAGACGAAGACAGGAAUGCGAAGCGAUAGUGAGACAAGCCCUGCAAGAGGGACAUAACGUUGUGGUGGACAGGGUAGACUUCGAUCCUGUUCAACGAAGUCAUUUUAUAAAUAUAGCAUAUUCGAUCUAUCCUCAACCUACAAUAUACGCGCUGACUCUUUCCGUCUCACAAUCGACACUUGAAAGGAGACUAGAAUACCGACCAGAUCAUCCUACUAUACCUGAUCUCGAGACUGGUCUGAGAGUGUUGCGACAGAUGAGAAACCAGUAUAGACCGCCUCUGCCUACCGAAGCAGAAGGGUUCGAUAGGAUUUUUGAACUGCCUGAGCGGGAUCAGCCUUUUGAUGGGAUAUGGACGAGUGAUAUAAUAGAAGAGGUGCUGAAGAAGGUUGAAAAUGAGGGGGCGAAGGAAAUAGGAGAAAGGAAGAUCUUAGUAUCACAAAAUGGCAGUGGUGGGUAUCAUAAUUACAACACUGGACAUCUGUCUGGGUUUGGCAGAGGAAGAGGAAGGGGAAGGAGCGAUGGAGAUUCUGAUCGAGGAAGGGGUGGUAGAGGGAUUCCUGGACACUCAAGAGGUACAUAUGGGAAUGGAAAUAGAUACAUUGAUGGAUACAGUCACAGUAGAGAUGACAAUUCGACGUGGAAUCGAGGCACAUAUCAAUACAACCCGACAUACAGAGGAAGAGGGUACAACGGGACAUAUCAAGGUCAACCUCAUCAAUCACUACCACGAGCUCAUGCUCAACCAUAUCAAUCGUCAUAUCGCUCGUACAACGACGGACCAUCGAAUUUACGACCGGACCCGACUUCACCACCAUGA